AAGGAGAUGUUUAAUUUGUUUCAAGUUACGGACAACAGAUACAAGAGUAAAUACCGUAGCAUCAUGUUCAAUCUCAAGGACCCGAAAAACCAGGGACUUUUUCAUCGUGUCCUUCGUGAGGAAAUCUCACUGUCAAAACUAGUGAGAAUGAAACCAGAAGAACUUUUAUCUAAAGAACUGUCUGUAUGGAAGGAGAAACCAACUAAAGCAAUGAUAGAGUCCAGAAGCAAAUCUCAUGAAGUCAAGAAAACAGCUGUAAAACGGGAACAUGUGCCAGUUGUAAAUAUGGAAGAUUCUCCACCAGUGUCUGAUUCUGAUGAGCAGCAAGAGUCAGCCCGAACUGCAUCAAAUUUAAACAGUGCUCCUUCUCUAGAUGUUUUUAGCAGUAUGUUGAAGGAUACAACAAGUCAACAUCGAGCCCAUCUUUUUGACCUGAACUGCAAAAUCUGUACAGGUCAGAUUUCCGCAUCCGAAGAUGAACUGCCACCUAAGAAGAUAAAGUCAGUGGCUCCUGUUAAAAAGGUGGAGUCGAAAUCAAAACCAGAAGUUCAGCCCAAGUAUGAAAGUGCUGCACCAACCCCAACAGCAGAGCCUGCCAAAGAGGCGGUCUCUGAAACUGCAAUGGAAACUGAAGUUGGACCAGUAGCAGAAACAGUUUCUCAGGCCAGCGCAGAAAGAACUUGCGUUCCUGCAACCCAGGGCCAUAACAAUACAGAUUCUUCUGUACCUGAAGAGGCUUCUGCUUUUCCUGCCUCUAGUGCUGGUGGGGUUGUCACAACCGUAACAGUUUCUGGCAGAGAUCCUAGGACAGCAAUGAGCAGCUCCUCUGGUACUGCGACACCAGCCCUGCGUUCUGGUCCUGCAUCUGACAAAGUUUCAACAGGGGAAACAAAACAGGAAACUUCAAAACCAGUUAUGACUGUUCCCAAAUCAAUAUUAACAAAACCAUCAUCCUCACCAGAUCCAAGAUUCUUAGCAGUUCAUCAUUCACCCAAUAUCAAUGUUGCAGAGCCACGCUCUCCUCAGGACAGCGAUACUUCCCUCUUUCUCUCUCGUCUCAACACCAUUUGGAAAGGAUUUAUUAACAUGCAAAGUGUGGCCAAAUUUGUCACUAAAGCAUAUCCUGUCUCCGGGUGUUUUGAUUAUCUUAGCGAGGAUUUACCAGAUACAAUUCAUAUUGGUGGGAGGAUCUCACCGAAGACAGUCUGGGAUUAUGUUGGCAAACUCAAAUCUUCGCUUUCUAAGGAAUUGUGUUUGAUUCGUUUCCAUCCUGCAACAGAAGAAGAAGAAGUCGCCUAUAUCUCUCUCUACUCCUAUUUUAGCAGUCGUGGUCGUUUUGGUGUUGUAGCUAAUAACAACAGACAUGUCAAGGAUCUCUACCUGAUCCCCCUGAGUACUAAGGACCCAAUUCCUUCCAAACUCUUGCCCUUUGAGGGACCAGGUAAGCACAAAACAGGGGAGGUUAAAUGCUAG